AUGCCUAGAUCAGAUAAAAAAGAUACUACAUGUGUUUGCUGUGGAUAUAAAUUUACAAGACCAGCUAAACUUCGUCAACAUUAUCAAAGUAAAAAAAAUCAAUGUAGUCCACCUCCAGAAAUUUCUAGUCAAAAAGAAGGACAAAAGAAGGCUAAUAUACCCAGACCUCGAUCACUAAGCCCAGCUCCAAUAGUUCAUACCUGGGGAAGGGACCGCCGAAUGGAAAAACCCAAAGCCAUACCCCCAACUCCUGAACCAGAGCUAGCACCACCAUCUGGACAAAAUCAAGGGGAUAAAUAUAUUGAUAGGCACGCAAGAAAGUCUGGAGAGCAUUUGAGAACAUGGGAUUGUCAGCGUCUACAUCAUGAGCUAUUACAAGCAGAUGAUGAGUCUUUUGAAAAUGUUCAUGCUUCAACUCCUUCGACCAAGCCAGAACAACAUCCCACCCAACAGAACGAAGACCAAAGGGCAGAGGAUCCUGAAGCAGGACCAGGCCCAGCAACCCAAGCUAACAGAAAAAAGGAAAGAAAGAUAGUAGUCCCUAUCACGGCAGUAGUGGACAUCCACUUUGAAGAAUGCCCUGUUGUUCCUCAUCCAGAAGAAAAUCCAGCAUAUGCUUUUAAUGUUCCAGUAUUUGGACAUGAAUAUGCAGAGGCUCCAUAUAUACCCCAACUUAUAUCAGCAUUUCGAGCAAAAAUAAAAGAAGUUCUUCAAACAGAGCUCCAUAGGAAAGAUCAAAUAAAAUCAGCUAUAGUAGUAAAAUGCUUGUAUUUACUUACUAAAAAAGAUAAAGAAGAAAGAGAAGAUAGUGAAGAUUUCGCAAAUAAAGUCUAUAAAGUAAAAUAUCAUAGAGGUGAGAUGCGACCAAUUCUUUUAGAGGGGGAUAUAGAUGAGCAUAUAACUCUAACUGUUGGGAAAAUAGAUAAACAGGUUGAAGAAGCAUUACUAAAGGGAUCUGGAUAUACCCUCGAAUGA